GGGGUUGGGGGGUGGGGUGGACCUUAGCUGUCUGAAGUUUGUAUUAUAUAUAUAUAAGUAGGCAGUGUGGUGGUGAUCAAUUAGUUUUGAGUCUUGUUCAAUAUUUUCUCUUGCAGCAUUGUUGAUUUGUAAUUGUAUCUUCAAACAAAUACUGUACCUGAAAAUCAAGGUUGUUGAUAAUUAGAAGUGAUCGAGGAAUAUGGGAAGACAGCCGUGCUGUGACAAGGUUGGUCUGAAGAAAGGGCCAUGGACUGCUGAGGAAGACAGGAAACUCAUCAACUUUAUUAUUACUAAUGGCCAAUGUUGCUGGAGAGCUGUCCCUAAACUUGCAGGGCUACUGAGAUGUGGGAAGAGUUGCCGAUUAAGAUGGACAAAUUAUCUGAGGCCAGAUGUGAAGAGAGGGCUGCUUUCCGAAUAUGAAGAGAAGAUGGUUAUUGAUCUUCAUGCCCAGCUUGGAAACAGAUGGUCCAAAAUUGCUUCUCAUCUCCCAGGAAGAACAGACAAUGAGAUCAAGAAUCAUUGGAACACCCACAUUAAAAAGAAGUUGAGGAAAAUGGGAAUCGACCCCCUCACCCACAAGCCUCUGCCACCGCCCACCGUGGAACAGCCGCCGCCGGAGGAAUCAAACAAAGUAGAACAAGUGAUCAAUCCAGCGGCGGAGUCAGCUACAGAUGAAGUAAACGAAAUCGUGGACAGUUUCAAAUUUGACCCCAUGGAAUUAGUCAACAACGAUUUCUGCAUAGAUGAAAUUCCGGUGAUGGAGCCCCAUGAAAUCCUGCUUUCCUGCGACGACAGUUCAUCGCUGACGCCUUCUUCUUCAUCAUCAUCAUCAUCUUCCUCGUCGUCGUCGUAUUCACCGAAGCAAGUGCUGGACGAGCUGCAUUUUUCUCCGAAUUUCGACGAUUAUUACAGCGAGAUGAUGAUGAACAGCAUCUGGUCCGAUGAUUUCAGCUGUUUGGAUUUGCUGAUAAAUGAUUGUGAGAGUGAAGGGAAGAGAGAUUACGUGACGAGUGUUGAACACUACCCAAUCAUGGUGAUGGAUGAAGACUACUCAUGGAAUUUUUGAGCUACCUCUUCUAAUCCUAUGUGUAAAUUUGCUUAGUCAAUCAAUUUUCUGUAAACUCUGGGUGAAUAACAUGGUAAAGAUCCAUUCACGUAUUAAUUCCCUUUUGCCUGAUUUUUUUUCUUUUCGAAAUGUGAUUCACUUUUGAAAUUAAAGGUGAAAUAGUGCCCCUUGACCCGCAAUUUUCAUGA